UUUCUGUUGGCUGGAUCGGCUGCUCAACCUGUUUGUUAAUCGCGCCGUGUGGCUUAUUAACGCCCCGAGUUUAUAAUAAGCCGGGUUGAUUUCUCAGGGGGGACUUGACUUGCCGUCACCGGGAAGCGACAGGUCGCGUUUUGAGAGCAGAUUCAGCAACACGGCGAGCAUGUCCUGAGCUCGGAGUGAAACUGAGAGGCUUUUCAAAUGUAGCUUGUUAGCUAGCUGCGCCGCGUACAGUGUACACACAGCCUUUUUUGUUCUGCUCAUGGACAGCCUCUGCAUGACAAAUUAUUACCAGUGUUGAGUGCAGACAGGGCGCGAAGACAGCGAUCGUUUUGUUUUACAACGUGUCAAGAACUGAUCUCUGGUUGUCAACCACCCACCCCUCAGCCCCGGGGCUAACCCCCGGUCACCGACCGAAUUAAUGGCCGGAAAUCCGAGAAGGGGCGCCGGUCUCAUCGGCUUGAUGAAGGACGCCUUUCAGCCUCACCAGCAAGCUCUCCAGCCUCACCAGCCCGCAGUGGUCGACAAGAAAAUGGUGGAGAAAUGCUGGAAGCUCAUGGAUAAGGUGGUGCGUUUGUGCCAGAACCCCAAGGUGGCACUGAAGAACAGCCCGCCCUACAUCCUGGACCUUUUGCCAGAUACCUACCAGCAUUUACGCACCAUUCUGUCCAGAUAUGAGGGCAAAAUGGAGAUCCUUGGGGAGAAUGAGUAUUUUCGUGUGGUCAUCGAGAACUUAACAAACAAGACUAAGCAGACCAUGAGCCUCUUUAAGGAAGCCAAGGAGAGGAUGUAUGAGGAAAACUCCCAGCCCAGGCGAAACCUUACCAAGCUCUCUCUGAUCUUCAGUCACAUGCUGGCAGAGUUAAAAGCCAUCUUCCCCAAUGGCCUGUUUCAGGGUGACAACUUCAGGAUUACCAAAGCUGAUGCUGCUGAAUUUUGGAGAAGGUCAUUCGGGGACAAGACCAUAGUGCCAUGGAGGACAUUUCGUCAGGCUCUUCAUGAGUUUCACCCCAUCAGCUCAGGUCUGGAGGCCAUGGCCCUCAAAUCCACUAUCGACCUCACCUGUAACGACUACAUAUCUGUCUUUGAGUUUGACAUCUUUACAAGGCUCUUUCAGCCAUGGUCGUCUCUUCUAAGGAACUGGAACAGCCUGGCUGUUACACACCCUGGUUAUAUGGCCUUCCUAACCUACGACGAGGUGAAGGCUCGGCUGCACAGGUUCAUCCACAAACCUGGCAGCUAUAUCUUCAGACUGAGCUGCACUCGGCUGGGCCAGUGGGCAAUUGGCUACGUGACAGCUGAUGGGAACAUCCUGCAGACCAUCCCCCAUAAUAAACCACUCUUUCAAGCUCUCAUCGAUGGAUACAGAGAGGGAUUCUAUCUUUUCCCAGAUGGCCGCGCACAGAACCCAGACCUAACAGGCUUGUGUGAACCGUCUCCACAGGACCACAUCAAAGUUACUCAGGAGCAGUACGAGCUCUACUGUGAGAUGGGCUCUACUUUCCAGCUUUGUAAGAUCUGCGCAGAGAACGACAAGGAUGUGAAGAUUGAGCCUUGCAGGCACCUGAUGUGCACCUCGUGUCUGACUGCCUGGCAGGAAUCGGAGGGUCAGGGCUGCCCGUUUUGCCGAUGUGAGAUUAAAGGCACUGAGCCUAUCGUCGUGGACCCCUUUCACCCGAAGGCCAGCGGGGCUUCUUUUGCAGGUUUCCAGGGCUCGAGCAGAGCAGAAGCUGCUGGCAAUGAGGAGGAAGAGGAUGAUCGGCUGGAAGACCAGCACCUUGUCAUGAGCAGGCUGGCCUGCACCAAGGUGGAGCGCCCUCCAUCUCCAGUGUCUCAGCUGCCUCCGGUGCCCCCACGACUGGACCUUUUACAGCAGAGAUACUCCGCCUCCCAAAGCGCACUGAGUCAGGGCGCCACAGCCAAAAUGGUAGCCACUCACAGGGACAAGCCUCUACCUCUGCCUCCAGCACUGAGAGAGCUGCCCCCUCCUCCCCCACCGGAGCGCCCCUCACUGGUCGGCCAGGAAUCCAGACUCCAACGGAGACCCCUCCCCUCCACCCCAGAUCAGCCCGCUUGGGCAGCCAACUACAUGGUUCCACGUCCUGCAACAAAGGCCUCGUCAGCACUGUCGUCCAUCCCUCAGAGCAAUGGAGCCAGCGCGGAGGGGAGCAAACCCCAGACAGCGAUCAAUGCGGUCUACUGCCUGGCUGCAAGAUCUCUGGCAGCCUCAGCAGUGUCGAGCGGGGAGAAGCUGUCAUCAGAUGGUGAAGAUAAUGAGUACAUGAGUCCCACAUCCCUUCCAGCCUCCGGUGCCCCGUGGGUCAUAACGGGCUCCUUGGUGCCUCCGCCACCAUCCCAGGCAAACAACCACAAUGACAUCAGUGAGGUGGGUGACAGUGACCCUGAGGACCCCCAGGUUUAUGAAUCCAUGUGUAAUAUCCAGGCCCAGGCUGGCUCCUCUGAGAUAACACCGACCUCUGACCUGGACCAUCCUCAACAUUCAGCUGGUACCCAGGACAAAAAGGAAGAGGCAAGUGUGGAGGAUGUUUAUGAGUAUGACUUUCCCAGACCGGUGGUCCCGCCUGCCCCCACCAGAAGAACCCUGUCAGAUAUUGGUGGCCCUGCUGCGGCCUUCAGCAAUCUCAGCAUAGACUCGGCAGUAGAUGCUGGUAUGUUUGCAGCAGGUGUCGACCCCGAACGUCCCCCCAAACCUCUCCCGCGACGAGCCAACUCUGACCGACGGCCUCGUCCGUUAAACCGCGAGCCUCCUCCUCCACCACCAGACCCCCCCGGUCCUUCCUCUGCUGCCUCUCCUCCUCCUCCUCCACCUAUUCCACCUUCAGGUCCUGAAAGCUUAGCCCUAAACGGAGAGAUUGAAUGCCUUAUAUCCCAAGGGUAUUCCAUCCAGGACAUCCAGAAAGCCCUGAUGAUCGCCCAGAACAACCUCGAGACGGCCAAGAACAUCUUGCGCGAGUUUGUCUCCAUCCCAUCCACAGCACACAUUGCCACAUAGUCACUUCAUACUUCAUCCUCUGCCUUGUCUUUGUCUCCACUCUGUGCCAUUAUCAUUACCAAGCACUUUCCUGCAGGGCCACAAGUACUUUCCAGAAGGCUUUACUCUGAGGGGUAAUGCUGCGUUCAUGUUAUAGACAAAAGAAAUGACCGCAGUCCACAGUCAUUUGUAGCCAGCAGUGGGCAAAGAGCAUUAAGGGUUUGUUUAUUUUGGGGGCUGCAAUUAAAAUCUUAGACUCUCUCAUUUACUCGUAAUAUUCAUUUGGAGAUGGAGGGUUUCAGCCCGGCCAACAAAAGCCCCGGGAUCUUCGGUCCUGUUUGCUUUAACGUGAGAGGCCGUAAGUCCGAUAUGACCUGAACACAGCAUGAAUGGAAUCAAAGCCUUUAAAAUGGGCUUGCUGUGGCCAAGCUGUGACCCUGCUGUGAUUGGCUGAGUUAGAAACACGCUGUGGCGGCGUUUCCCCUCAGGCUGUGCACACUCUCUCAUUAAGCUAAGUGUUAAAGCUGCACAGACUUUGUUCAGCAAAGGGACCCUGCAGAUAGUCGUGUCCGACUCGGCGUCCUGCUGCCAGCAGCCGUUCGGUCAGGUGCUUUUACUGGCUUCAUUGCAAAUCGUGGUGUACGAAUAUGUAGCGAUACGGUCUGAAACUGGUGAUUAACUGUGUGGCAGUCGUGCUCGUGCUGAUGAAUGUGAACGUGCAGUCGCGGUGCAGUGUUGCAGGGCUUCUACGUCGUGUCACUGUGGCUCACUCUGUUUCGAUGGUAUCCGACAAGGUUAACAUAACUCCCAUUACUGUCUGUCAGCUCCAGGUUCGGCGAUAGAUCUAUAACGAAAUAACAAAUUUAAUGUUUGAGUACUCUCAUAAUGUGUUGUGCUGUGUGUAGUACUAACAAUGGCUGAAUUUGAGUUCAUUUUAAUUCCCUAAUUUCCUGCCACCGCGAGAGGUGCUCCGACACUGAAGGCUGGUUUAUUUAGUCGAAAGCUUCUCUGUACUCUCAUAUUUUCUUAGCUCUGUACAUCUGUACCCAGAACAGCUUCACUGGGUUCACUGAGAAAUCACAUUAACUCUAAAGCCUAAAGCAAAAAACAACAAAAAAAAAACAAAAACUGAAAGUGGGGUGAAGUCAUGUGGACUCAGGUACUCAGUAAUAAGCCAGGUUAUAUGUAAUGAGCAGAUGCUAAAGGACAUACUCGCUCCAUCCUCACAAACAUUCCACUGAGGGGAUUUUCUUUACAUUUUUCAGAGUUGCCUGCAGUAUGUUUACGUACAGCUGUCAUAGUUGGGAUUUUAAAAUCUGUUUUGCAGUGCUCCCCUUGAGCUCAUUCACGCCGUCUCGUUUCGAACUCUGGAUGUGUCUGAUGUAUCUGCAGUCAUUUCCAUCUGUCCACAGUCCCGGAUGACCGUGUUAUGGAGUUCACUCACUCAGCAGUUCAUAAAACUCUUCAUGGGAGGGAAAAAAAAAAAAAAAAUCUCAAGCUUGUACUAAACCUUCGAAGCAAUUUAUAACACAUUACAGCUGCCGCAAAUAAAUUAAUUGAUUACUUUGAUAACAGAUUCAUUGUUUCAAAUCAGUGUCUUUUUUGACGUGUACACUUAAUUUAGAGUGAAAUUAAACCUUUAUUGCAGAAUAAAUAAAUCAUUUGUUAUAUAAAUGAUAUGCAGAGACUGCCUGUGAUUAAAAACAAGGAAACACAAAUAUUUUAAAAAGUUGUUUAAAACUUAAAAUUAUAUUGUUAUUGAUUAGGCAAAUAAAAUUCAUAAAAAAAUUCAUGUUUUUAUCCCAAAACAUAAAAAUACUGUCAGCUGCCAGUGAACCUUUAGGUGGCACCAGUAAUUACAGGGUGCAUACGAGCCUCAGUGACUUUAUCCACCGCAUCAGUUCAAAAGCAAAUGGCUCAGGAAGAACCAGGAAUAAGAAAAGCUAAAAUUAUAAUAACUAUAAACCUCUGAGAACACUGUCUCUUUCUGUGAUUGGCUGCUUUAUUGUGAUAAGAACUAAGUCGUCUGAGAGUUUUCGCAGAUGCAUCUAUGGGUAUGAAUUUGAAGAUCCUGGGUGACGUCGUUCUCGAGUUAUCGCGGUCACAAAGUUGAAAGUUGGCUGCCCGCCCGCGCGACCAUACCCCAUCAGCCGUUUUAGGCUGAGGGAUCAAAAAUUAUUUUAGUGAUUACGAUACUGUUAAUUUAGGGCAGCUGUGGGAUAAAUGCUACGUUGGGUGGUGGUCGAGUAAAUUUGUUAAGCAACAUAUAUAAUUUUUCUCCUUUCUUAGUCUUUCUGCAGCUUCGAGUGGUAAUCAGCUGCUGCUGAUUUUAAUGAAAUAAAUUUGACUGAUAUAUUGGCUGAUAAUAGCCAUUCGCUGAAAUAUCGCUAUCAGCGUUAAUAACAGCUGAUCAAUGAAAAUUAAAAAGUAAAGAAGAGAUGAGAAACAUCCUUCAGGUUUCCUUUGAGCGUUGAUGUUGUCCACCUGAGGGCACUCUGCAACUUCCCUGUUGGCAACUCCAGAUUUUGGAAUGUCACAAACACAACUAGCUGAUCCGAGCAGAGUCGGAAAGAGAGGAAACGAGUAAUCCGCAACUUGUUUUGACAAUAAAACAAGAUUAUCUUUAAACUGCAGUGUCAUACUGUCGUAUUAAGGACUCAUAAAUGACUCAUGUUUGAGGAAUCUUUAUCAUGUGCUGAAAGGAAAAAUUUUUGGUUUUCAAAACGGCAAAUAUUGGUAUUGGUCUUAAAAAUCUUAUAUUGUAGGGGCUCUAAUUUUAUAUACAUAUAUAAAUAAAUAUAUUGAAAAAUACUUUGUCACUUGGCAUUUCUUAAGCCAUGUUGCCAGACUAAACACAGUAAUUUUCAACAGGUAUUCAUCGACCACUUCUACUUUAACUCAGGCCCCAAAACAUCUGCACUAAAACCAGGAGUAGGUGCUGCGCUGAAAACAAGCUGACCCCCCCCCCCCCAAAAAAAACAAACAAACAAACAAACAAACAAAAAAACCCGAAGCUGCUUAAAUUUGACCAGUUUAUCACAAAAACGAUGACAUUUCAAGCACGCGUGCUCCUCAUCACACUAAAACCCACCACUAGGAUGGGUUAAGGUCUGCUAACACUGCAGCUCCCGCUCUAGCGUUCCUGUAACACAUCCGUGUCGUCUCCACGAGCGUGUUGCCGACACGAGCGUCAUUCAAAAUUCCCGCUGCGCCCGUGCGCGGCUUCAGAUUUAUGAGUUUUGCUGUGCAGUCUUACUCCUGUUUUCGCCACUUCAGAAACUACUAAGAAGUGGAGAUCUGGUGAGGUCAGCAUUCUUCCUGUAAAUAAUUUUAUGAACUGCUGCUUAUCAGUGCGCAGAGAUGAUCUCAAGUUUCUGGCGCUCCAAUAAAACAUCCAAGUUAACAUGUGAAAAGAAGCAUUUCACUCAGGUUAUAUUCUCUCGUCACCGGACCAAAAAUUGCCGCUUCCAGGCAGCACACCUGUAUCAGCUGAGAUGAGCCCAUCAGUGGCAUUUGAUGUCAUAUCCACAUCAGGGUGGGUUGGUACGUCUACCCAAGAAUUCUGACAUCAGAUAAUUAAAGCAGUCUGAUCUGGAUCCAAACACAGUUGCAGAAUGUGGAUCAUGUUUUUCUGCAUGAAUAUGAACCUAAACUAUCGGCUGAGUUUCUUACAAGUCCUAAAAGUAUCUAAUAAGAACCCAGUUAAUCAAAUGAGUCUGACAUUGAAAUCAAAUUCAUGUCGGAUGGUCACCUUUUGAUUUCUCUGCAGCGACAUGUACAGUGAAUGUGCCUUCUGUCAAUCAUAACCUGCACAUGGCAGCAGACAAACCAAAAUAAUCCCUCUGCACGCCUCGUUUAAAUGAACUGGAAACCACCGCAGACCGUUUCACAGUGUGCGUUCCCUCUGAUUUCACUACAACACUAUGUCAGACUACAGGUUUAUAUAAGACUGUAGCUUCUUUUUUUUUUGACUGACUUAAAAAUGUUACCUAACAGACCGAGCUGGACUUUUACAGUCAAAAUAAAAAAACUCACCUCAGUUUGGUUAAAGGCAAAAAUGGUUCUCACUGAUCUGUUCUAUAUUACACAUGAACAAAACAAAUCUUUCUAGUAAUUAUUAGACUGCUGUAAAUGCUGUGCUGCAGGAUUUGGACUCCUAAUAUUUGAAAAGAAAACAAAAGUAUGUCGACUGUAUCUAAAUUUCUAAAUGUAAUCUGAUGUUAAGCAAAAAAAGAAAUGCAGUAAAUCAAGCAAAAACCACUAUAACCAGUACAGUCCAGAGUUGUCCUACAGUUUUCUGUCUGGCUGUGAUGCCACAGAAAUGUUGCAGCUUUAAUCCCCCCAAACCAAAAGAAUUUAAAGUGUGUGUGUGUGUGUGUGUGUGUGUGUGUGUGUGUGUGCGCUGCUCCUCCUCCAGUUGCCCCAGAACAGAGACCAUGAAUAUGUCUUUAGUCCCUCAGCCUUGUGUUCACUCAGUCCUGGUGUUUUGUACCAAGGCACUAACUAAAAGGCACUAACUCCAGGACUGUGAUGGUCCUGAUGUGUGACGACACACUUGAGGCUCACAGUCCUGCUGAAUCACUGCCAGAGGCUCCGCCCUCUCACAUGCUUUCUCUCAGUGUCGCCGGUAAACUCGGCCCGUGUGUUGGUUCAGAUCCACUGAUUAACAAUGAGUGUGUGUGUGUGUGUGUGUGUGUGUGGUACACUCAUGUUAACUAGCCUUCUCAGCAGGAACUUGCCUACUAAAAAAAU